AAUGCAGCUUUCCCACAGCCGCUGCAUGCGGGCUGUGACGCGCGUGUAAGAUAUAAUGGCAGCGUGCACUUAAUAGCAGGGAGGGGAUGAUUCCUCGGAGUGGCACAGGGGCUGGGAGACGAGCCCGGCUGCAGCCCUAAAAAGUGUUCGGCUGUCAGAUAGCCAGGGACGAGGAAGGGCGUGUGGGAGCCAGCGGCUCCGCUGCUCACUGCGAGCUCGGGGCUCUGUGACAUCGCGGUUCUUGGGAAUGCCCGGCUCCGAGUGCAGCCCCUGAGAAGUCACACAGCCGGCAGUGAGCGCUGCUCUCCUUUCAAGGCUGAGUUGCACCAUUAAUGACUGAAUGGGCACUGCUGAGAAGGCUUGUCCUCACACCAUGACAGCUGAUGAGUCAGAAGCUGGAGAGUUAGCUCUGGAGCCUCUCCUCACAUGCAAGCUAUGUCUCUGUGAAUAUUCCCUGGAUAAGAUGACCACUCUUCAGGAAUGCAGCUGCGUCUUUUGUACAGCGUGUCUAAAACAGUACCUGGAGCUGGCAAUUCAAGAAGGUUGUGGUUCCCCUAUCACAUGUCCAGACAUGGUAUGCUUGAACCAUGGGACCCUACAAGAAUCAGAGAUUGCCAGUUUGGUUCCUGUUGACCAGUUUGAGUUAUACAAGAGGUUGAAGUUUGAACGAGAAGUCCACUUGGACCCCCAGAGGACAUGGUGCCCUACAGCCGACUGCCAAACAGUGUGCCACAUUGCACCGAGUGAGUCGGGAGCACCGGUGCCAGUGGAGUGCCCCGCCUGCCACCUGACCUUCUGCUCCUCCUGCAAGGAGCCAUGGCACGGGCAGCACCAGUGCCAGGAAAAGCAAACGACCCCGGUACCGACCGAGCAGGGAUUCCUUAUUGGAGCAGAAACUGAGGCACCGAUUAAGCAGUGCCCAGUUUGUCGAAUUUAUAUUGAGCGAAAUGAGGGCUGUGCUCAGAUGAUGUGCAAGAACUGCAAGCACACAUUUUGCUGGUAUUGUCUACAGAACUUGGAUAAUGAUAUUUUCUUACGGCAUUACGACAGAGGCCCUUGCAGAAACAAGCUGGGCCACUCACGGGCUUCAGUGAUGUGGAACAGAACACAGGUUGUGGGGAUCCUCGUUGGACUAGGUAUCAUAGCGUUGGUGACCUCCCCCUUGCUGCUUGUGGCAUCUCCAUGCAUCAUCUGUUGCAUUUGCAAAUCUUGCCGGAGCAAAAAGAAAAAACCCAGCCUGCCGACAACCUAAAACUCUGUGUCUGUUUGAGUCUCCAUCUGUACAGCAUAUUUUACAUGGGUUGGCAGCAAGAGCCCUGUUAAAAAGUUACUGAAACCAGACUAAGCCAAGCCCUUCUUCAAAACCUUAUGGACCUGCUGAAGGGAAUACUUGAGAAAUGCUGUGUAAAUGUGACCUCCGUCCAUUGGUGGGUAUUUCUUUUGUCCUGCUCAAGGUUAACAAACUCUGUUACUGAUAUUUUUUAGUUACUCUAAAUCUGGAAGGCUGUCAGUUAAUAAGUGCUUCAUUUUAAUUUGGUGCCUCACCGUCAAACCAAUUCAAACCCUGAUAUCAGUUACACCUGUAUAAGUUCACUGAAAGCUCACUGAAGAGCUGGAAUUACUGCAGCUCUUCAGUCAGGAGUAGCUGAGAUCAGACUCUACUCCCUGGAGUUUAUUUCCUUAAUGGAUGGUGCUCCUCAUAACCGGGGCCGGUGGCGCUUUUGUUCUGGACUCCCGUCUGUGCAUUCUAUAUCUGUGGGAACAGAUUCAAGUUUGCACUGUAUAAUUGGUUGUAAUUCCAAACCCCUUUCCAUAAGGGCUGCAAGGUUUGAAGGAGAUGCUCAGCCCGAGCGUGGUGUCGGGCUCGCGCUCCGCCCGGCUGCUCCUCUCCGAGCACACGGCGCGGGUCAGCGGGGAGUGCUGCGAGGCUGCUGUGAGUGCUGUCUGCUUGUGGUGUUUGGCCGAGCCUCAGGAACUUUGCCUUCUUGGCAGCUGUAAAUGUGACCUUUUUUCUGUUUAACUUCGCUCUCUGGUUACUGUAACAAAAGUGGCAGGAUUUCUUCUUUUGAGAAAGUGUAGUCUGUUGAGCAGACUAGCAAGGACAGAGGCCUUAAAUGAUACUGUCUGUUUUACUUUUUAAUUGAUUUCUUUUAUAAAUACUGUCUGACUUUGCUACCAGUUGUGGCUGGAGGGCAGGCAGUGCUCGCCAGUGUGAAAGGCUGUAUUUAUUCUUCAUCCUCAGCUUUGAAGGGAAGCAGAACGGUAGACAGUACAUUCUAAAUACAAAGUGCAAUGCAGGCAACUGCCAUUUAUAAUAAAUAAAGAAUGUUUUCUGUAUGUGUUUUCUUGAAGAGCACUAAUGGUAGUGCUUUGGGGUACUUGUGACAGAUUAAAGUGUCCAGCCCUUGGCUUUGCACUAUUUUUCUACCUACGUUUUUAUGGCACUGCUGUCAUUUCCAUUUUAUUUAUGAACUUGAAGUUGCAAGUCUUACUUUAACAAAGUCUCAAGGACAAAGAUGUAGGAACUGUAUAGUCUGUUUAACCAUAACCAGCAUUGCAAUGUACCAAUAUCCUUUGCAUGUAAAAAUGUGAGCAUUUCUCAUGUUUUGUGAUCUUACCCAUGACUGAUGCAUCUUUUGCUCGUCUGAUUUCUUUCCUUGUCCUCUUCCUCCUUCUGUUGGCCUGUUUUUGCUAAAUGCCUAUUGGAAUGAGGGUGGCAGAUUUUUUUUCAUUAAUACUGUUGUGUUAAUGAAACUGUCAGGUUCUCCCUCUGCUAAAGAAAUGCGGCUGAAGGCAGCUCUCUUGCACCAGUUUAAGUGCCUGGUGGGCGUACCAAAACUGGUAUAAAUUAAUCAUGCAGGAGUUAACACAGCCUGGCAUCUAAGAAAUCUAGAUGUGUAUUGGUAGCCCAGGCUUUUGCUGGAAGUCUUUACACAAAAACUGGAUAAGGAGAACACGAGCUACAGGCACCCCUUCCUUUGGCUGUGUAGGUGCAACAAAUGGACCAAGAAAGAAGCUCUAGACAUCUUAAGAGCUUAAAAUUAAAGCUUUGCAACAAUUAUUUUUUUUUAAAGGCCAUGUUCAGUACUCCACGUGUCCUGGCUUUUCAUUGCAUGGGAAUACUUGAGCAUGUGCAUUAAGUAGACCCUGGCCUGGCCGAGUCAAGCAUUACCUGCGCUGAAGUGCUGGGAGGAGGAAAGCCCUGUUGCUUUGUUUUCCAGAAGGCAGCUAUUUUGCACCAACUGGCUAAGCUCACAGAGUUUUCAGAGAAACAUUUUAGCAGGAAUCUUUUUACAGUGUUGGCUUUUGCUUUUGUGUUGCUUUGGUUUGUUUGCUAAUUUUGUAAGAAACAUUAAAGUCACUUUAAAAAGAUUUAUUGAAAGCAUGACAAAUAAUACUAGUAAUAAUUAGGGAGAACGAAAAAAGACAGGACUCUGACUACAUCUGACUCUUCUUAAUCAAGAUAUCUGUAAAUCCACUCUCCUGAACUCCCUCUGAGGGAUGCAGUUGGUGCACAUCACCAGCUACCAGGCUUCACUGCUCUUCCCAUCUCUCUUCUUGCCCCUGUGGUGUGGGGGCAGCAGCCAGGGGAGAGCUUAGGGCUGUGGCAGUGCAGGUACCACACAGGAGCAGUUGCCCACCCUGGACUCAUCACCAGUUUGUUCUUGGGCCUUUAACCACUGAGAGACACCUUGGGGAUUUGGGGCCUUUAAUGUUACAUGGAGAGCUUUCACAGAUGUCUCUCUUGGAGAACAGAACUGGAAAGUACUCCAUUCCUUCUGAACCAGGAGUGUUCAGACCUAGUGAAAAUUGGGCUCUAGGUGUUAAAAGGUCAGUUCCUAAACUUAAGAGAGCGCUGCUAGAAAUCUGGAUCUGUACUGCAUCUGGCCACAAAUCUCCAUGGACACAUAUCACAUCAUUUCCCAUCAGUCACUGGAUAUGUGUCAAAUACAGCUGAAGAUCCCAUUUGGCAUUCCAUGUUCUUGUAUUAAAAUGAACAUGAUGCUACCUGCUCCCAAAUCCAUCUCUUAAUAGAAAGAAGAUUUUUGUCAUGCUGCAGCAUAAGUGCAUCUCUGUAGUAUUUAUUCCAGAGCUAUACUGGGUGCUCAGUACUGCCCUUCAGUAGGUGAUGGUUUAUUUUUGGUGCAUGGGGUUACUUACCCCAAAGAAGGGCAGAAGGGGCAACAAUAAUGAAUGUUUCUCAAUGCUUUAAUGAUGCUAAAUGCUACAUCUUGUUGUCUGUCCAGUAGCAGAGCAUGAAGUCCAAAGAUAUGUUUAAAAUGUACACAAAGUUUACUUGAAUGAACUAAGAGAAACUGGACAUUGCCUCCAUAUUUGCAUGAAGAAAUAAAUACAAGUGGACAGGUACAACUGCAUUUCCACAAUGGAACAAUAAAAUCAACUUUUGGCCACUCCAUUUUUUGGUACCACAAUGGGUGGUUGUGCUGUAGUGCCUGCUGCUUUAAAAUUUUGAAAUCUGUUUUGCACUGUAAUCUCCUUCUCCCAGUCAUUCUUUCUCAAACUAAUUCCUUUUAUGAUCUUAUUUUUCAUCCUGUAUUUCAGGCCAAAGAGUCUUAGAGCAAAGCUAGUAGAUUUCUUUGUAUGAGGAUAAAAAUCUUCCAGUCAUUUUCUCCCAGGUUUUAAAAAGAAAUUUGAUGCUGAGUUACCUGACCAAAGUUAGAAAUUCCAGAUUUGGCUUGUUUAGAAAAACUUAUUGAGACUUAAGAAGUUCUCUUGUAACAUCUAAAUAAGGGCUGCUUUGUUAGAGCUCAUAGAUAAGGGAGCCAUACAGCUUUUGAUCUUCACAGAAGAGAUGCUUCUGUUGUUAAGCAGACUUCUUUGGAAAUGUACUGGGGGAAAAAAAACCCCAAACCCCUACAUCCUGUAUGCAUAUUUUUAUUAUAUAAAUCAAAAAUAUUUAUUUUGUGUAGAUUCAUAAUUUAAGAAUUCAAACUCUCUGGAGGCUUUCUAGGGUAUACUUACCCAGGAAGAUAAUCUUACACAUAUGCUGAGGCAGUUGAACAGAGUGUGCUAGUUAUAAAACAGUUGUCAGACAUCUUUCACACAUGAGUGUGUAGGAUGAGAUCAUAAUUUACGUGGCUCAAAAUAAAGAUGUGAAAAUUUACCUUUCCUGGAACAGCAAGAGUUGGUUCUUCUGCAGUCUUCUGGAAGGUUAACUCACUGCUAAGACUCUGGAGAACUUCAGUCUCAUUUUAAUUUGUCCUCUAGUUAGCAAAGUAAUGAAGUGAGAGCUGAAUGAUGUUGCUGAACAGGAAGCCCAAAGGUCUGUCUUGUGUCAUGACACUCAAGUUUCUCAUAACCAAUGUGGUUUUAUAAUUUAUUAUUAUAAUUUAUGCAAUGCAAAUAUAAUUUAUAAUUAAUAAUUAUGAAAUACUAAGGAUGAAGUAUCAUUACCUUUAUCAUAUGAUAUUUAUUUUAAUUGCAUUCAUACUGGAAGGCUUUUUUCUUCUGCUUCCCAUAGAGAAGGUCAUGGUGUACCUGCAAAGUAAAUUUGUAUGAUACGGUGCAGUCCACAGUAAAUGUUUCCUACUAUUUUGUAGUUAUAUCAGAGGUUUUUUUGUGAUCCCUCAAGUUAGUUCUUUGAAUCCAGCAAAUCUCUGUUGUUUGGAAAGGAAAUUUCCUAGCAAUGAAUUUUAUUGACCAUUGCAAUCUGAGCUAUAAAAGGUGAUAAUGAUUGACAAGAUCCACCAGCUCUUUCGAGGACACAACCGCAUUCUUCUCCCUUCUUCCAAAGAAACUUUAUCUUUUCUUGGAUGAAAAUUAAGGAUGUCAGUAAUUUGCUUAUGCCUUCUGGAUGUCCAGACAGAACUGCAGCUUCUGGUGGCCAUGUGCCGGGAGAUCCCAGACAGGUUGAAUGUGCAAUGCUGCAGCAUGUGUGCAGUGAGUUUCAAGAAGGUACCUGAGCUUUACGGCUUCCUGGGGCCCGUGCAGGAUGUGGUGGAUGUGGUGCACGAGGGACUCGGCCAAUUGAGCCUUCAAGUGUCACCAGCUCACAGAAGCUUCAGUUCACAUGAGCUAUUUGAAGCUCAGCUGGUCUGAUCAUUUACUAUUACCUAAUGAGCAAGGCUUGGGAAUGAAAAGAAGCAGAACUGUUCCGUACGUUGGUAUUGGCAUCACAGGCACCGAGGGUCACUGUGUGAGAGCUCUUUUGACUGCCCCAGCAUUGCUUAUUUCUGAAAAAAAGCCUGUGUUUUAAAUGUGUGCACUUGGAAGUGUCCAGGUCUGACACUGGGUGUGUUUGUGUGUGUGGCAUGAACCAGCAGCGGCCACAGACCCCUGUCCUGCCCCUCGCAGAUUUUACAUUCUGUUUAUCUGGUUUUUUGGGCUUUUUCUUUUCCUCCAGGUAAUACACUUUCUUCACCACUUUUCUUCUGGUGAAGGGCAAAAGGGUUUGAUCUUUGUAAGAUUUGUUAAAAUAUUUUUGUGUUUAUAAAAAGAAAGCUGACAUGUAUAAAGAAAUAAGUGCUUUUGUAAAUUUUUUUUUGUGGUAUGAUUCAGCAUUUAAAUGUUUUACAGAUGCAGUUUUUUGCACUCUCUCUCUGCAUAUAUUCACAAAAAUUAUAUUUAUUUUCUGUCUUUAAGGUUUACUUUGGGGUUUUUUUUUCUUCUGAUGUUAUAAAAUGCAAUAUGUACAACAUUAAAAAAUCAGUGUAAAGACAUUGUCUCAUUUUCUUGUAAUCUUCAACUGCAUUUAAAAAGAUAGCAUAGAAAAUUUAUGGAAAGAAUUUGAAUACAUCAGAUGUGCUUAAU